UCACCGGCAACUCCAACUUGUUGCGAAAAGCAAACCCCCUGGGUAUCUCUGAAAACCCUAAAAUUUUCGCAUUGCUCUGUCACACUCAUCCAUGGAAAUGCUAUUCUCUUCUUAAACCCUCACAUCCGAUUCAUCUCCGUACAUCAAAAUUCACGCUUCUCUCUAGGGUUUCCAAUCAGGAACAAUGUCUCUGCCACCCAUAGAGUGUAUUUAUGUAACGGAGGACUGUGUUCGCGAAUGGAAGAGUGGCAAUCCUGCCCUCAGGGUUUCCGAACCAGUUCCAUCGCUACGCUUCCUCUACGAGCUUUGCUGGACUAUGGUUCGGGGUGAAUUGCCGUUUCAGAAGUGUAAAGUAGCGUUAGAUUCUGUCAUAUUCUCCGACAGACCGCCGACUGAGAAAUUAGCUUCAAAUUUUGCAGAUAUAGUGACCCAAAUGGCCCAAGAUCAUACAAUGUCGGGAGAGUUUCGAUCUCGACUCAUUAAACUGGCAAGAUGGCUUGUGGAAUCUGAAUUGGUUCCAGUUAGGCUACUUCAAGAACGUUGUGAGGAAGAGUUUUUGGGGGAGGCUGAAAUGAUCAAAAUAAAGGCUCAGGAUUUGAAGGGAAAAGAGGUCAGAGUUAAUACACGGCUUCUUUAUCAACAAACCAAAUUUAACCUUCUUAGAGAAGAGAGUGAGGGCUAUGCAAAGCUGGUCACUCUUCUUUGCCGAGAUUCCGAAGCUCCAACUCAAAAGGCAUCUGCCGCAACAAUUGGCAUUAUUAAGUCGUUAAUUGGCCAUUUUGAUUUGGAUCCAAAUCGUGUUUUUGAUAUUGUUCUUGAGUGUUUUGAACUUCAACCCGAUAACAGUGUGUUUCUAGAGCUGAUUCCUAUUUUCCCCAAGUCUCAUGCUUCACAGAUUCUUGGAUUUAAGUUUCAAUAUUAUCAGCGCAUGGAAGUCAGCUGCCCUGUUCCCUUUGGGCUCUAUAAGCUCACAGCGUUGCUGGUGAAACAAGAUUUUAUUGAUAUUGAUAGCAUAUAUGCACAUCUACUUCCGAAGGAUGAAGAAGCAUUUGAGCAUUAUAACACUUUCUCUUCCAAGCGGCUUGAUGAGGCUAACAAAAUUGGAAGAAUAAACCUUGCUGCUACUGGCAAAGAUCUAAUGGAUGAUGAAAAACAGGGUGACGUCGCAAUAGAUCUUUUUGCUGCUAUAGACAUGGAAACUGAUGCAAUUGAAGAGCGAAAGUCUGAGCUUCAAAACAGUCAAACUUUGGGCUUGCUUACCGGCUUUCUUUCGGUGGAUGACUGGUAUCAUGCACAUAUGCUGUUUGGUCGUCUGUCACCACUCAAUGCAGUGGAACAUAUCCAAAUAUGUGAGAGUUUGUUUAGGCUCAUUGAGAGGACAAUUUCUUCAGCAUAUGAUGUUAUUCGGCACGCACAUCAUCAAAACUCUGGAUUAUCUACAGGAGUUAGUACUGAUCCUAUGGAUGUAGAUAACUCCUCAAGACGAAGUUCUUUCAUAGAUCUUCCGAAGGAGCUUUUUCAGAUGCUUGCUUGUACUGGACCCUACCUUUACCGUGACCCUAUAUUGUUGCAGAAGGUUUGUAGGGUGCUGAGAGGUUAUUACUUUUCUGCCCUUGAGCUUGUUAGUCAUGGCGACAGUGCCUUGAAUUCUCAAUUUCCUGGAAUUGGAAAUCCUCAUCUACACCUGAAAGAUGCAAGGCUAAGGGUGGAGGAUGCUUUAGGAGCUUGCCUACUACCUUCUUUGCAACUGAUUCCUGCCAAUCCAGCUGUUGGCCAGGAAAUUUGGGAACUAAUGAGUCUCCUCCCUUAUGAGGUGCGAUAUCGUUUAUAUGGUGAAUGGGAGAAAGAUGAUGAGCGCAUACCUAUGCUCCUAGCAGCAAGACAAACAGCCAAGUUGGACACUAGACGCAUUUUAAAAAGGUUGGCAAAGGAGAAUUUGAAGCAGCUAGGUCGAAUGGUCGCAAAAUUAGCUCAUGCUAACCCUAUGACUGUCCUACGAACAAUUGUUCAUCAGAUUGAGGCAUACAGAGACAUGAUUACUCCUGUAGUGGAUGCAUUUAAGUAUUUGACUCAGCUAGAGUAUGACAUUUUGGAAUAUGUUGUGAUUGAGCGCUUGGCACUUGGUGGACGUGAUAAGCUAAAAGAUGAUGGUCUAAAUUUGUCAGAUUGGCUUCAAUCACUAGCUUCAUUUUGGGGUCACCUGUGUAAGAAGUACCCUUCAAUGGAAUUGCGAGGCCUUUUCCAGUAUCUUGUGAACCAGUUAAAAAAGGGGCAAGGAAUUGAGCUCGUUCUAUUGCAGGAACUUAUUCAACAAAUGGCAAACGUCCAGUACACAGAGAACUUGACUGAGGAGCAGCUGGAUGCCAUGGCAGGGAGUGACACUCUUCGAUAUCAAGCAACUUCUUUUGGAGUAACUCGAAAUAAUAAGGUACAUAAAAGUAUAUGUUUUGGCAUUUGGUUUUCUGUCAUACCUAUUGCUCAACAUCGUUCUCUGAUUGUCAUCAAUGCAGAUGCACCAUACAUUAAGAUGGUUUGUGAGCAAUUUGAUAGAUCCCAUGGAACUCUUCUUCAAUAUGUGGAAUUUCUUUGCAGUGCAGUUACUCCAGCAUCAAAUUAUGCUGCACUCAUUCCAUCGCUUAAUGACCUGGUCCACCUUUACCACCUGGACCCUGAGGUUGCUUUCUUGAUAUAUCGCCCUGUGAUGAGACUUUUCAAGUCUCAGAGGAGUCCUGAUGUUUGCUGGCCGUUGGAUGAUAAUAAUGCUGCAAAUGAUGCAUCUACAGAAUCUGAUCUUGUAGAUCAUUCUGGCAGUAUGGUUCUAGAUCUUGGCUCUGCUCGAAAUCCUAUAAGUCUAGAAGUGGAUAAUUGGUGCGGUAUUUUACAACCCACACUACUAAUCGGCAAGUGCAUCGAGUCGUACUAAGUAAUAUCUUACGUGGCGUGGAAUAGCCUUUCUCCUGAUCUUUAUGCAACAUUUUGGGGCCUCACACUAUAUGAUUUGUACGUUCCAAAAAGUCGCUACGAGUCUGAAAUAGCCAAGCUGCAUGCUAAUCUUAAGUCUUUGGAGGAGCUUUCUGACAAUUCAAGCUCAGCAAUCACCAAGAGGAAGAAGGAAAAGGAAAGAAUUCAAGAAUCACUUGACCGUCUGAUUAGUGAACUUCAUAAACAUGAAGAGAAUGUUGCAUCAGUUCAUAGGCGGCUUUCUCACGAAAAGGACAAAUGGUUAAGUUCCUGUCCUGACACUUUGAAGAUCAAUAUGGAGUUUCUUCAGCGUUGUAUAUUUCCACGCUGCACAUUCAGUAUGCCAGAUGCUGUUUAUUGUGCUAUGUUUGUGCACACGCUUCAUUCGCUCGGAACCCCCUUUUUCAAUACCGUCAACCAUAUAGAUGUCCUGAUUUGUAAGACUCUACAACCUAUGAUAUGUUGCUGCACAGAAUAUGAGGCAGGCAGGCUUGGUAGGUUUCUGUAUGAGACUUUGAAGAUUGCUUACUAUUGGAAGAGUGAUGAAUCUAUUUAUGAACGUGAGUGUGGAAACAUGCCUGGCUUUGCUGUUUAUUAUAGAUAUCCAAACAGCCAGCGAGUUACAUAUGGCCAGUUUAUCAAGGUACACUGGAAGUGGAGUCAGAGAAUAACCAGACUAUUAAUUCAGUGUUUGGAAUCUAGUGAGUACAUGGAAAUUAGAAAUUCUCUCAUUAUGUUGACAAAGAUUUCUGGAGUUUUCCCUGUUACUCGGAAGAGUGGGAUAAACCUUGAAAAGCGGGUGGCUAAGAUUAAAAGUGAUGAAAGAGAGGAUCUUAAGGUGCUGGCAACUGGUGUUGCUGCUGCAUUAGCUGCUAGGAAGCCUUCAUGGGUUACUGAUGAAGAAUUCGGUAUGGGAUAUCUUGAGUUGAAGCCUGUGCCAUCUAUUAGUAAAUCUUCUGCUGGAAAUUCAACAUCUGUACAAAGUGGGAUAAGUCUUGGUGUUUCUCAAACUGAAUCUGGCAGUGGAAAACAUCUGGACUCAGUAAACACAGUCAAAGACCAGACAAAAACAAAAACUGCAGACAGCAAGGUAGAAAGAACUGACAGCACAAUAGCUGGAAAAUCUGAUUCUGGCCAAGCAAAACUCAAGGGUAAUUCAUCAUUAAAUGGAUUGGAUGCUCCAUCAACCUUACCCUCACCUGCUGUACAAUCUGGAGCAACAAAAUCCAUGGAAAACCAAAAGCAAGCAGAAGAAUCUGCAAGUAGAGCAUCGGAAGAACAUGUUCCGAGAGCUGCAGAGUCAAGAGCUUCCGGGAAACGUUCGGCACCUGCUAGCUCACACUCAAAGCCCUCGAAACAAGAUCCUGCAAAAGAGGAUACUAGAUCUGGUAAAGCUGUUGCCAGAGCGUCUGGUUCUUUGAGCAGUGACAAGGAUAUACAAAACCAUGCAUCAGAGGGAAGACACACUGGAAGUACUAAUUUAUCUUCUUCAGUCAAUGCUAAUGGUAACAGUAUUUCAGCUUCUGCAAAAAUCUCAGCUCCAUCUACUAAGGGUGAGACCGGUGGUGAGCUCAAGGCUGAGAUGGGUGUCGUAAAGUCUUCUGAUAUUAGGGCUUCUGUGGUGAAGGAUGAUGGAAAUGAUGUUAUUGACUCGGUAAGAGGUUCCUCUUCACGUGUAGUUCAUUCUCCUAGGCAUGACAAUACAAUUGUUACUUCAAAGUCUACUGAUAAAGCCCAGAAGAGAGCUAGUUCUGCUGAAGAACCUGAUAGACUUGGUAAACGGCGUAAAGCGGAGGCGGAGCAAAGAGAUUUGGAGAAUGAAAUCAGAUUCUCUGAAAGAGAGAAGCUUGUAGAUCCUCGAUUAUCUGAUGAGAAAUUGGGGCCAGAUGAACUAGGUUUGUACAGGGCAGGGGAUAAGCCAUUGGAAAGGGUAAAAGACAAAGGAAAUGAAAGGUAUGAAAGAGAGCACAGGGAGAGAUUGGACCGUGUGGAUAAGUCUCGUGGAGAUGACUUCAUUGUGGAGAAACCUAGGGAUAGGUCAAUCGAAAGAUAUGGAAGAGAACGAUCUGUUGAGAGAAUGCAAGAAAGGGGUAGCGAAAGGGGUUUCAAUAGACUCCCUGAGAAGGCUAAGGAUGAUAGAAGCAAGGAUGAUAGAAGUAAAUUACGAUACAAUGAUGUAUCUAUAGAAAAAUCUCAUGCAGAUGAUCGCUUCCAUGGGCAAAGCCUGCCUCCACCACCUCCAUUACCUCCAAAUAUGGUUCCUCAAUCUGUUGGUGGUGGUAGGCGUGAUGAAGAUGCUGAUAGGAGGGGGUACGGAGCCACUAGACAUUCUCAAAGGCUUUCUCCAAGGCAUGAAGAAAAAGAACGGAGACGAUCUGAAGAGGCUGUGGUUUCCCAGGAUGAUGCAAAACGCAGAAAAGAAGAUGAUUUUCGAGAUAGGAAACGCGAGGAACGAGAAGCAUUAUCAUUGAAGGUUGAGGAGAGGGAUAGAGAGAGAGAGCGGGAUAGAGAAAAAACAAAUCUUCUAAAGGAAGAGUUGGAUUUAAAUGCUGCAUCCAAGAGACGUAAGCUCAAGAGGGAGCAUCUGCCAGCUGGUGAACCUGGGGAGUACUCACCAGUGGCUCCUCCACCUCCACCCCUAGGUAUUGGUGUUUCACAAGCCUAUGAUGGAAGAGACAGGGUAGACAGGAAGGGACCCAUGAUCCAACAUGCAAAUUACAUAGAUGAACCAGGUCUCAGAAUUCAUGGUAAAGAGGUAGCCAGCAAGCUGAAUCGUCGUGAAUCUGAUCCAAUGUAUGAUCGAGAAUGGGAUGAUGAGAAGAGGCAAAGAGCUGAUCAGAAACGGCGGCACCGAAAAUAAAAUACAUCAAAGCAGGAUUGUUCGUGACUUGCAAGUAGGUUCCGGGAUCACAUCAAUUCUAUCUGCUACUCCCUCAUCCUGCAAUUUUCAGCUGUUCAAAAUUAUUUGGUCUUCUAAAAGGCAAUGCCAAUCAAUUGUGAAUUGGCUUGUGCACUUGUAUAUAGUGUUGUAUAUUCUGGAUAGCCAGUGAUUAGCUGUACCAUUGUGAGAAUAAUUUAUUUUGCUGAGCCUACACUUACAUGAAUAGUCUAACCAACAAGAAACAUGAAUUUUGUGAAUUGCUAUAUUAACUUGACAUGAAAAGGGUUCGAUACACAUGGGGUUUUCAGCCUUGCCAUUGGGGAUGAAUCCUGUGCAUUCUCAAUUGAUGAAGCGAGUCUGCCAUUGGCGACUAAUAUAUCAAUGUUUGCUCAUAUAUGUAAACUGAAAAGGAGCAGAAGAGCGUUUCCUA